GGGCUGGCUCUGCCGGGGCGGGGCCGACCCGCAGCUCGCUCGGCGCUGAAGCACCUUCCAGUUCCAGCGGCGCCAGCUCGGACCCGGCCAGCCAGGAUUUGAUAUUCAAUGGCUAGAAACAGUGAUAUCAAGUGGCUGAAAUGAAUAUGAAUACUAUCUUAGAGGAAAUGUUGAUUAAAAGGUCGCAACAGAAGAAAAGGACUUCUCCCUUAAAUUACAAAGAGAGGCUUUUUGUGCUUACAAAGUCAAUGUUAACAUACUAUGAAGGUCGAGCAGAGAAAAAAUACAGGAAGGGAUCAGUUGAUAUUGCAAAAAUCAAAUGUGUUGAGAUUGUGAAGAAUGAUGGUGUUAUUCCCUGUCAAAACAAAUAUCCAUUUCAGGUUGUAUACGAUUCUAAUACACUGUAUAUUUUUGCACCCAGUGCACAAAGUAGGGAUCAAUGGGUGAGCAAUCUGAAAGAAGAAAUAAAGAACAACAACAACAUAAUGGUAAAGUAUCAUCCUAAAUUCUGGACAGAGGGGAUUUAUCAGUGUUGCAGACAAACAGAAAAAUGUGCACCUGGCUGUGAAAAAUACAACCUUUUUGAAAACAGUAUAAGGAAUUCUGCUUCUCCGCUACCAAUAAAAAAUAAGUUUCAGCGGAGGCCUCCACCACCUGUUCCCCCACCUGAGCAAAGUGAAGAUGAAGAGGAGGAAGAAAUAGUAGUAGCAAUGUAUGAUUUUCUGCCUGCAGAACAUCAUGAUUUAAGAUUGGAAAAAGGUGAAGAAUAUACAAUAAUAGAGAAAAAUGACAUGCAUUGGUGGAAAGCAAGAGAUAAACAUGGAAAUAUAGGAUACAUUCCAAGCAAUUAUGUGACAGGAAAGAAGUCCAACAACCUUGACCAAUAUGAAUGGUAUUGCAGGAAUCUGAACAGAAGCAAAGCAGAACAACUCCUUAGAAAUGAGGAUAAAGAAGGUGGCUUUGUGGUGAGAGACUCAAGUCAGCCAGGACUGUAUACUGUGUCCCUGUAUACAAAAUUUGGAGGAGAAGGUUCAUCAGGAAUAAGACACUACCAUAUAAAAGAAACAGCCAUGUCACCGAAGCAGUACUACCUAGCAGAAAAACAUCUUUUUGACUCCAUUCCAGAGAUAAUUGAGUAUCAUAAACAUAAUGCAGCAGGUCUGGUUACAAGGCUGAGAUAUCCAGUGACUCCAAAAAUGAAGCCUGCACCCACUACUGCAGGAUUCAGCUAUGAGAAAUGGGAAAUUAAUCCAUCAGAGCUGACAUUCAUGAGAGAAUUGGGGAGUGGUCUUUUUGGAGUAGUGCGACUUGGCAAAUGGAGGGCACAGUAUAAAGUAGCCAUCAAAGCAAUCCGAGAAGGUGCAAUGUAUGAGGAGGACUUCAUAGAGGAAGCUAAAGUCAUGAUGAAGCUAACACAUCCUAAAUUAGUUCAGCUGUAUGGGGUCUGUACGCAGCAGAAACCUAUUUAUAUAGUGACCGAGUUCAUGGAACAUGGCUGCCUCCUGAAUUACCUGAGACAAAAACGUGGACGUAUGAGUAGAGAUGCCCUCCUGACUGUGUGCCAAGAUAUAUGUGAAGGAAUGGAGUAUCUAGAGAGCAACAGCUUUAUCCACAGAGAUCUGGCUGCCAGAAACUGUUUAGUGAAUGAAUCGGGAGUGGUGAAAGUAUCUGAUUUUGGAAUGACAAGGUAUGUUCUUGAUGAUCAGUACACAAGCUCUUCAGGUGCUAAAUUUCCUGUAAAAUGGUGUCCCCCAGAAGUCUUCAACUAUAGCCGAUUCAGCAGCAAAUCAGAUGUCUGGUCAUUUGGUGUUUUAAUGUGGGAAGUAUUCACUGAGGGUAAAAUGCCCUUUGAGAAGAACACGAACUAUGAAGUGGUGACGAUGGUGAGCCAAGGACAUCGUCUGUAUCGGCCAAAAUUAGCUUGUAAGAAUGUGUAUGAAGUGAUGAUGAUGUGCUGGCAUGAGAAACCAGAGGGACGCCCUACCUUUCAAGAUUUGCUUCACAUAAUUGAUGAGAUAGCAGAGAGUGAAGAUGCUUUCUGAAGAGGAAUGGCAGAGCGAAAACAAGUCCCUGAGGCAGGAAAGAAUCCACGUUCCAUUCAGAAAUGCAGCAAUUUUUCCUUCCUUUUUAAGGGCUCAAUCCUUCAAGUUGCUGAAAGAAAGUGUGGAGAGGCAGAACAUUGAUAAUCACUUAGCAUUUGGUUAGUCUCUAUGGAGGAAGAGUUCUCGCAUAAUAUAGAGGAACAUGCACAAUAUACUCAGCUGUAGCAGUGAGAAGGUGCAGAGACAGUGUAGGCAAGUCCCUGUGCCUUCUCUGACAAGUUGCCACUGGGGUUGUGAACAGGUGGAAAAUUGGUCUUGAUAGGUGGAGGAACAGACAGCUUGUGGCUAAUGCAGAGCACAGGCAAUCCAAUAAAUGUAAAUCAUGUAUAUAGUGUUCAUAUUCAUGAGUUUCAUUUAGUCUUGCUGCUAGUCAGUAGUUGUAGCUACCUGCAUACUUAAAAACUCAGUACAGGGUUACCAUAAAGGGCCAGUUACUGACAGGAAUGUUUCCAGUGGUUUGCCAGAAAUAUUAUUUCUGAUUGCAGUUGAUGGACAUUUGUGACAUACACUGAAACAAUGUUCUUCCUAUGCCAUGAACCUGUGAUAUCCACUUGGCUGCUUCUUCUUCAUUUGUGCAUAAAAAAGCAUCAUGAUCUGCAACCCAUUCUACUGGCUCACUGAAACAGUCAAAGAAAUUGCUGCAGAACUGAUCCAUAACUUGUUUUAUGCCAAAAAAUGUUUUGGGGAGUUUUUGAAAGAGCUCCCAGACUCUAUCCUGAGGCUAAGCAUAAUGAGAAACUUCAGGAUACUACACAGCUGACUCAUUGCACUAUAGAACAUUCCAUUUGAUUAACUGUUAAAUUAUAUAUUGUAUGUAAUGUAAAUAUAGACUGUAUACAUUUAAUUUAUAUGAAAUGUAAGUGUUUGGUUCUUGAAUAUUUUAGGACACAACAGGUUUGAUCUACCGUAACUUGCACAUACAACAUGACACAUGGCAUCUGUGAAUGAUAACAAGAUACCAGGAAGUGUGUUAACCUGGAAGGUUUUAUCAUUCUGUCCCUGGUCAGUUUUUCAUAGACUGAAAUAAGCGUAAUAUUUUUAAUAGCAAAUGCCGUGUGAUAGCAUUUGUAUAAUAAAUCAAAUAACUGUUUUUUUGGAAUCCUGAA